CGCGAAACUACAACGUACAGGAAGCGGAAAGACGAAUUAGGAAAGUCCCCGAUGUUCUCUCUUAAUCUUACCCCUGCAGCCCAUCACUCGUACUUCCCCCUCCCCCAGAAAAGAUUCGGCUGCUUUCCGGCGAGGUUUCCGAUCGGUUCCUUCACUGUUCGAUCGUCAUCCAGUCUUCAGGAGGUCGAGAAGUUUACAGAGUCAUCGGCUGAAGGGAAGGAUCUCAAUUCGGAGCUCUACGCUUCGGAUCCGUUGCCUCCGAUCAAGACUUCAAAGAGAGUGGUUCUGGUUAGGCAUGGACAGAGCACAUGGAAUGCGGAAGGUAGAAUUCAAGGAAGCUCCAAUUUCUCUGUUCUCACUAAGAAAGGCGACGCUCAGGCAGAGACCUCCCGCCAAAUGCUCUUCGAUGAUGCAUUUGAUGUCUGCUUCAGCAGCCCCCUAGUGCGAUCAAAGAGAACUGCGGAAAUCAUAUGGGGUGAUCGCGAGGAGGCGAUACUUACGGAUUCUGAACUGAGGGAAAUAGAUUUAUAUUCAUUUCAAGGUCUACUCAAGCACGAAGGGAAGGAAAGAUUCGGUGCCGCUUAUCGUCAAUGGCAGGUAGAUGCGGCAAAUUUCAACAUUGAUGGGCACUAUCCAGUGAGAGAGUUGUGGGCACGUGCUCGAAAUUGUUGGGACAGAAUUCUAGCCCACGAGAGCAGGUCUGUCCUGGUGGUUGCUCACAAUGCUGUCAACCAGGCUCUUGUUGCUACAGCUCUUGGAUUAGGAGCUGAGUACUUCAGGGUGUUACUUCAGAGCAACUGUGGUGUUAGUGUUCUUGACUUCACUCCACAAGUUGAGGGUGGAUCUCCAAUCAUUUGUUUAAACCGUCUAAAUCAGACCCCAAACUCACCUGUUGCUUCGGGUAGUUCUGGAGGCAGAAAAGCAGCAAGAAGGAUCGUACUUGUUUGCCAUGGAGUUUCCGAGACUAAUGAGGCCAGUUCUUCCUUCCUGGAUGACAAGCCAAUGAACAUGCUUGGAACUAUACAGUCCCAGAAAGUUGCAGAGCUCCUUCUUGAUCUAAAAGUGAGCGCUGUAAUUACCAGUCCCAAGAAAGCUUGUGUAGACACGGCUGCAACAAUAUCCAGUGUACAAGAAGCUGCAGAUUGCUUGGGUGCUGAUUGUGUGCCCCGCUAUGUGGAGAUGAAGCAGACGAGUAAACUUGAUGUAGACAAUAUUCUUGAUCAUUUCAAGCAGGAUGUAGCUAACGUGACCGUCUUUGAACCUGGUUGGUUAAACAAAUUGGACGAUGUGAUGAUUACGGAAGUGUGGAAUCAGAGUGGUGAAGCCUGGAAGUCUCUGUUGAAUGAGAUGGCUGAUGAAAAGGAGCCAGAGAAGGUUAUUGUUGUGGUUGGUCAUCCUGCUAUUCUUCUCGGAUUGGUGGGGUGGUGCCUAAAUCUGACAAAAGAUUGGAUUGGAUCAUUCCAUCUGGAUGCUGGAAGCAUUAGCGUGAUUGACUUCCCUGAUGGGUCUAACAGUCGAGGGGUUGUCCGAUGCAUAAAUUACACUGCUCAUCUGGGGAGAUGGUCAAUUCCUAUUACUAAACCAACCGUGGAUGAUGAAGAGUUUUAAUGGUGCAUGGACAGAAGACACUUGGACUCAACUUCUAUUGGCGAGGAGCUCAAUACUUACAUUCGCCCGAAUGUUGAUGGUUGAAAUUGCCACGUGCAAGAAAACCUAGGUUUGAAUGAGAAUCUUGAGGCUAUCACAAGGAGGCGUUGAAGAGGAGAGAGAGUGAACAGUUUGUAAUCAAGUUCGUUGUUUUAUUAGUUGAAUUGUAUAUUUUGAUAUUUUUAUUUGCAUUGUAUUUAUGUUGUGGGUUUUGAAUUGGUUAUUUAAACGUCAGUAAUUAUAGAAAAUGAUUGAGCUGGGCUAA